UGUGCCUCCGCGCCCGGGAAGUAGUCCCUCGCCGUCUCGCACGUUGGACGGACCGUUUGACGUUCAAAUCGGUUUGUGUGUGACUUGGAACGCGUGAAAUUAAUUUCGGGAGCACCUCAGACCUCAUUUGACAGCUGCAAAGAGAAGACGCACUGCGGCUGGCGAAAAAGUCUCCGGCGGAUGUAUACACGGUGGUGAUACUGCCCGAACCUCCAUUUAUCCGUGGGAUUUUGUCGGAGCGAGUUCGCGACAUUCGCGCCCGCGGCCGUUGUGUAGUUCUGUUCGAGAACCCGCGACGAAUCAACAAUGGCCGAUCAACUGACUGAGGAGCAGAUUGCUGAGUUCAAGGAGGCGUUCUCACUCUUCGACAAGGACGGAGAUGGCACAAUCACCACCAAGGAACUUGGAACAGUCAUGAGAUCCUUAGGGCAGAACCCCACAGAAGCUGAGCUUCAGGACAUGAUCAAUGAAGUAGAUGCUGAUGGUAACGGCACCAUUGACUUCCCUGAGUUCCUGACCAUGAUGGCACGGAAAAUGAAGGAUACCGACAGCGAGGAAGAAAUCAGAGAGGCUUUCCGAGUCUUUGACAAGGAUGGCAACGGCUUCAUCAGUGCUGCUGAGUUGAGGCACGUCAUGACCAACCUUGGUGAGAAGCUGACAGACGAAGAAGUCGACGAGAUGAUCCGUGAAGCGGACAUUGAUGGUGACGGCCAGGUUAACUAUGAAGAAUUCGUCACCAUGAUGACAUCAAAGUGAAGCAAGUAAUGUGAUAAAUCUGGAGUGAAGAACUAUUGUUUACCAAGAAGGAUAAAUGAACCUGCCUGCAUUUCUGCUUAUCCAUUCUGACUCUACUUGAAUUGGAAAUGAAAGUAGCUAAAAUUGGAAUGGAAUUUUCAUUUCAUGUAUUUGUGAUUGUAUGAUCAAUGAAUUUUAAGGGGCGCAAGUUAUUUGUGUAAGUUAAUCCUUUUUGUAAAAUAUUUCCAGGCAUGCAAUUAAAUGUGAUUUUAUUGGCCAUCUUUUUGUGAAAUUGUCAGUAAAGUAUUCUAAAAUUUAGGAAAAGUACUAGUUACUGUUUUUAAACAAUUACUUCCAAGUUCUGAUUUACUUCACUCGAUUUUUGUUGUGGCCGCUCUAUAUGGCUCAUCUUUCCAAUCUGGGUUUUAGUUGUUUUUAAUUAGCUUUGUGGGGAUCAGGUAGGGAUGCCACCUGUCACAUUCCUUCGCCAUUUUAGGAACAUUUUAAAUGGAGGUUUUACUGUGGCUGCUUGCGCAGAGCAGUGCGCAAAGUGGCUCGCAAGUGAGUGUGCGGUGUGCAGGAAAUUUUGGGCUGGGUGUCUCAGUCUCACUCACAUUAUGUAUCACUUCCUCCCUCCACCAACAGUUUAAAGAUGUAUUCGGUGAAAUAGUUUGCAUUGAAUAUAAAUACAACCUUACAUGUGUUUCUUCAUUUGUGUCUUGUGAUUUGAUGUUACCUUUCCACUUACUUAUGAGGAAGUUUUCUAUCAACUUAUUAAAAUUAGCUAGUAUUAUGUUUGUACUUGAUCAUGUUGCUAGUUAAGGUAGACUAUUAGAUUCAAACUUCAUGUGACACGAAUGAAUUAAGUAAUUAAAAUUAAUUUGGAGGAUGAUAUUCCCUUUGGGGAGUGGGGACAGCCCCUUCAGGACAGCCGUUGUGGCUCAUCCUCAGGGGGUACGUUUAGAAUCGAUACAUCUUAAUUUGGGGUCUGUAACUUGAUGGAAGUUGGCAGAUCGUUAUUUCACGUUAUCGGCCGUGGUUCCCGAAGGCAAAGCGUUCUUGUCGCUGUUUAAGUCAAUACCAGCCCAAAUGCUUGAAGUAUGUUGUCAAUAUUGGGUGUGGGAGGCAGGACCGAUAAUGGGAGAGUGACUCUCUGCAAAUUUUUGUUCAGUCACUCACUCGCUCCUGAUUUUAACAUUUGGUUUGAACUAAUGGUGUUACUGUAGUACCUACUUACUGCCAGUAUUGAGUUCAAAAUCAGUUUAAUUUCACGUUUUAGUUGUCUGUUCAGUUGCCUGGAGAACCCAUCUGUUAAGCCCCCUUUUAGACUAAUGUAAUAAACUCAAUAUUUUGUUUGUCUUGUUACUUGCUUUGUUAAAUUAAUUGCACCAAACAUUCCUUGUCCAACCUGUCUCCAAAGGGUAUCUCCAUUCUCAUAGUCCGUACUAUUCAUAAAUGCAUGUAAUGUAUCAACAAUGUGUGAAAUACAUGUUGCUCUUUUAAA